AUGAGCGGCCGACCUCUCGUCUCGUACGCAGAUAUCACAGAGCCAUAUGAGGCUCCCGAACCACCACCGCCGCCCAAUACUGCCACCAAUUCUAACCCACCACCCAAAAAACGGAAGAAAUCCAACCAAAAGUCGAAAAACAGGGCGAACCAGCAGCCGUCGACCACAACGACUCAAAGUCGCGGAAGCAACAAUGUCUCGGGCUUUGAAGAAAGUCGUGAGCUUACCCACGAAGAAAUAUGGGACGACUCGGCGCUCAUAGACGCCUGGAACGCGGCGAAUGAGGAGUAUGAAGCGUUCCAUGGAUCAGGGCAAGGUUGGAAGCGACAGCCCGUUACAAAAGCACCUCUGUGGUAUAACAUUCCUCCCUCUACGCAGACUCAAGGGUUCAUACCUGCACAGGAUACCAGUCAUGGACAGAAUGACGACGAACAUGUCGUUGCCGAUGAAGUGAAUGGCGUUGAGGGGGACCAUGGUCAUGGAUUGGAACCUCCACCUGCGCCAACGUAUGACCCGACUGCACUGGGCUCGUUAGACUCUACUCCAAUGGCCAGUCAAGAUGAGGCGUUCUCGAGGGCUUUGAAUGCGAUGUACUGGAGUGGAUACUGGACCGCUGUUUAUCACUGUCAUAGGAAGCUGACUCCUCAGCAACCGUCCUCGCAGGCUAAGCCUACUACAGCUGAAGAUGCCGCGGAAGACAUCGUUGAGGAAGCAGAACAAGAAGGACAGGACCAAGACGAAGAAAUGGCCGACGAUCAGGAGGAAGAAUCCCCAGAAUUUGUCACUACCCAAAGGUAG